UCUUAACUUUCCAUUACUUAAUCUUAAUCAUUGACAAGAAAUUUUAUUAUACGUCAACAUUAUAUUCUUUUGGCACUUCUUAUCUCAAAAGUCAGCAGGGGAUUCCUCUUCCUAUAUAAGGAGAAUAAAAGCUGCCAACUUAACCAACAUAUAUCUUUCUUUGUAGUCUUAGAGAAAUGGAAAAGAUGAAUGUUGAGAUGGAUGAGAAAAAGAUGAAGGAAUCAGUAGAUAUUGAUGAGGAAAAAUGGGUGUAUGACUCUUCUGUUGAUUACAAAGGAAGAGUUCCUCUCAGGGCUUCAACUGGUGGAUGGAAGGCCUCUUUCUUGAUUAUUGCAAUUGAAUUCGGUGAGAGGCUAAGUUAUUUUGGAAUAGCCACAAGUUUGAUCAUAUACCUAACAAAGGUCAUUCAUCAAGACCUCAAAACUGCAGCAAAAAGUGUGAACUACUGGACAGGAGUUACCACUUUGAUGCCACUGCUAGGAGGGUUUGUUGCUGAUGCAUAUUUGGGCAGAUUUUACACAGUUCUUGCUUCAACUAUUGUCUACCUACUGGGCUUGCUUCUCUUAACAAUGUCCAGUGUGGUACCUAGCUUGAAACCCUGUGGGAAUGAUGACCUCUGUCAAGAACCAAGAAAGGUCCAUGUAGUGAUAUUUUUCUUUGCCAUCUACUUAAUAUCAAUUGGUACUGGAGGACACAAGCCAUCUUUAGAGAGUUUUGGAGCUGAUCAAUUUGAUGAUGACCAUCCUCAAGAAAAAAGGAAGAAAAUGUCUUUCUUCAAUUGGUGGAGUUUUGGACUUUGUUCUGGUGUACUACUUGGUGUAACUCUGAUUGUUUAUGUACAAGAUCAUGUUAGUUGGGCUGUGGCAGAUUUAAUCCUCACACUAGUUAUGGCUUCUAGUUUAGUCAUCUUCUGUGCAGGAAGGCGGUUCUAUCGUUAUCGAAAAGUUACUGAAAGUCCCUUAACAACAAUGCUACAAGUUCUUGUUGCUGCAAUCAAAAAAGGAAGUCUUCCACAUCCUAUUAGUCCUGCUUAUCUACAUGAAAAUCAAAAGUCAGAAACUAAUAGAAGGAGGCUGUGUCAUACCAAAAGCCUGAAGUUUCUUGAUAAAGCUGCAAUCUUUGAUGAGACACAAGAUUCAAUAGAGCAGAAACAUAAUCCAUGGAAACUUUCAACUGUGACCAAGGUGGAAGAGUUGAAGCUACUUAUCAACAUGAUUCCCAUUUGGCUAACCACUUUACCAUUUGGCAUUUGCCUAGCACAAGCUUCAACAUUUUUCAUCAAACAAGGUGUGACACUUGACCGGAAGAUCACUCACGAUUUUGAGAUCCCACCGGCUUCAAUGUAUGGCCUUGGAGCUAUUGGCAUGAUACUAACUGUCACUAUCUACGACAAAAUCCUCGUACCUCUCCUAAGACGAGCAACAGGAAACGAGAGAGGCAUUAGCAUUCUUCAAAGGAUCGGUGUUGGAAUGAUCUUCUCAAUUGCAACUAUGAUCAUUGCAGCUUUGAUUGAGAGAAAAAGACUAAACAUUGUUCAAGAAAAUCUACUUGAGGGCUCAAUGUCAAUGAGUGUAUUUUGGCUAGCCCCGCAAUUUCUUAUUGUUGGUAUAGCAGAUGGAUUUGCGCUAGUGGGAUUGCAAGAGUAUUUUUAUGAUCAAGUACCUGAUACAAUGAGAAGUUUCGGCAUUGCAUUUUACCUAAGUGUGAUUGGUGCUGCAAAUUUCAUGAGUAGCAUAUUGAUCACAAUUGUGGAUCAUGUCACAGAAAAAGGUGGCAAGAGUUGGUUUGGAAAGGAUCUAAAUAGCAGCAGAUUGGAUUAUUUCUACUUCUUGUUAGCUGCAAUAACAGCAGUGAAUUUGUGCAUAUUUGUUUUAGUUGCAAGGAGCUAUUCCUACAAGAAUGUGCAAAGUAAGAGAACUUCAGAUGUGGCUAAUUGUUACGAUGGCGAUGAUCGUGAAGCAAUGGCUUAGAAGAUUGAUCUGUAGUACAUUAUUGAAUUAGUAUAGUCAUCAAGCUGAGAAAGCAAAUUUACCCUGUACAAUAUAUUUUGGUUCUUAAGAAGCAAUAAACUCUUCCUUAUAGAA